UUCCCACUCGUCCGACUGUUGGUUAACCGAACGCCCGUCAGUUGUCCGUCGUGCGUGCCGCUCGAAGUGUAAUACAGAUCGCAGUAUUUUUUUUUUUUUUACAUAAUUUUUGGGUUUAUAUUAUUAUACACGCUUUGUCGUGUACCGUGAUUAACAGUGUUGUUGUUGUCUAUAAUUUUGUUCUUUUUUUUUUUUAUAUCAGAAAUGUUCGUUUAAAUUAUUUUCCUUGCGUAUGACGUGCGAAACUUAUGUAUGUAGCAGAUUUCCACCGGACUCGUUUAUCCAUAUACAUAACAUGAGACAUCUAUAAACUGCACGUUGGAUGAUACGAUAACGAACGAAUAUCAUUGACGUUAUCGAAAUGCUGUCACGGCCGGCUGGGUUGCAAAAUUGUUUGCAUUUAGAUGACAAAUCUAGAAGCGCAGAACGAAUAGCAUAUUAAUAUUAUAAUUAUAGUUAUUAUUAUAUUAUAAUUGAAAAUAUUUUGGACGUCAGACUUUGUUUAGAUAAUGGCUUCCAAAAAGUUGACCGCACGAUUUGAUCCGUACCAGGAGAUGGAAAAUUAUUUAGAAAAAGUAGCUGAAGAGCUUGAUGAAGUCUUUAACCAGUUGUCCAAGAAAUCAGCAACGCCACCCGGCAAGCUUGCGACGAACUGGCCCCCGAACUGCUGCGGCAAUGACGCCAAUAAAGACGAUCGUUGCAGCACAGAAAAUGGCGACUACUUGAGGAACGACUUAGGUGGUCGGUUCGAUGACGUUAUACUAGAAUUGCAAUUACCAGAACGAAUUGUUUGCCAAGCAUGUGCUGAAGGAAUAGAAGAAAAGGUGUAUUUCGGCGAUAACUGUGACAGUGGUGUUUUUUCUAACAACAUGCGUUAUCGUCUAUCACCAACCAAACGAAAACGAUGUCGUUCUCGAUCUUUGGAUCAAAGUAGUCUACAAUUGCCAGACUGUUAUGAAGACAAGUCAGCUGUACUGCUUAAAGUCAAGGUACUCAACACCACGCCACCUACACCCGUUCGUCGGUCAUCUCUUAACCGAUUUCAAACGAUCAUCUCACAACAGAAACAGUUUGAACGACAAAAUAACGAUGGAGGCCCGCAUCUAGAAGUGGCCACACAGACGUCACCGACUUGCAGUAGGUCUUCGAGCUUUACGUGGUUAUCUGAUCGUUCGGACACUGGUAAUUGUUCUUCAGCUGAAGAAGCUGUGACACCGUGUAGUUCAACCGACGAUUCAGUGACCGAUCAUCAUAUCAGUUGUGGAUCUUCGACCGAGUCGUCCAUCACCCCUCCGGGACGGUCCGACGAACCCGAAUCCGGUAUAGGAACUGCAUCGCCUCCACACCAUCGGUAUUCGAAAUCGGGAAACCAGAAAUGCCGAAGGAAAGAGACGUGGGAGAGGCUGCAGAGACGACACGCCGAUCGUCGUGCGACCGUCAAACACACGGAAAAAUCAGUGUGGGUACCUCCUACAACGGAAAUAAGCGACCAAUUUCAUCGACCAGCAACGCGACCGAAUCGGUUGCCUUUGACCAGUGAAUUCCCGGUGAAAAACGUCCCUUACGAGCUGCCCAGUCCGACAGCCGUUUCACUGGAUGGUGGCGGUGAGAAAGUUACCUCAGAAUUAUCGGGCACUUGCAAAAGCUCAUCUGCUCCACAUCUCAUCAAAUCCACUCAAACGUUGCCUCAUAGGACCAAAUAUACUGGCGGAUCAAAGGAAUGGAAACAUCCCAAAUGUCAUUCAGAACGUUAUUUAGAAGAAAUAGAAGCCAAAGAAGCGUGUAAAUGGCUAAGAGCCGCCGGAUUUCCACAGUACGCGCAAAUGUAUGAAGAUUUGCAAUUUCCAAUAGACGUGAACGGCGUGCAAAAGGACCAUCCUUUUCUAGACCUAGACUCUCUGCAAUCGCUAUUCAGAAGACUGCACGCGUUGAACCGUUGCGCAAACAUGAAAUUAGAUUUUGUGCCAAAACACGCAGGUGAUGACUCGGACUCCGAGGGUGAAUGUGCGCUAAGCGAGAACUGGACGUUCCAGAGAGAGUCGAGAAGGUGGUCUCGAGUGGACGACAUCGUCAACACGGCGAUGAUGCUGCAGCAGCAGCUGCAACCGUCGUCGCCCGUUGAACACCAUCUAUCCGGGAACCAGCUGCAGCAGCAAAACCAUGACCUCCAGCCAUCGCAGCAGGGUUGUGGAGGCAAAUUUGGAAGUAACACGUUGCCACAGCCACUGUUGCAUUCAGCCGAACAAACGGCGGCGGUAGAGGCCGAUGCAUCGGACGUGGCACUGAUCUCGCGAUUCCGUCGGUCGGGUAGUGAGCGGAUCAGAGAUGGGGCCAAAGCCAUCCUACGGCGAGUGGAAAGCUUGAAGACAAGACCGAAACAGCGCAACCGUGACGGUGUGGUCAUCGGUUCACCACAGAUCAUAGACAUGGCUUCAAUGCAACAGCGGAUGAAGGAACUUAACUGUGUGGACGUGACACCGCCAGAUUCGCCGGUGACCGACGACUACAUGAAGUCCAAACGGUUCUUAGCCAAACCUGAGUCGCUGGACUCGUUGGCAUAUUCCGAUUCAGAACUGUCGUGGAGAAACGAGUACACAGACGCCAACAGCAAUAACACCAAGCCAUUGUUGGAUUUCAUGGCCUUUGACAGAAGUAACGACUUUUCAUCUCCCAACGGCAGUCAAGAUAGCCGCACAUACAAAAACAAAUACAACGACAGCGUAGAUUCGGUUUCGAGCGCAGUGCAAGACAGCGAUCAAGAACUAACCACCAAGUCAAAAGGAUCAGUUGUUCGAUGGCAUAGUUUUCAAAAGACCAAGCAUCGGCCAAAUGCCUUAGCCGGACAAAUGGUUGGAUCGCUCACGGUUGGCCAGCUGUUAGUGUUACGGAAGUUCGCUCUUCUCAAGCUGACCGCCAUCAUGGAACGGUAUUGUCCGACACACAGGACAGGAUGGAACUGGGAACUCCCCAAGUUUAUGCGCAAAACCAAAAUGCCCGACCCCAAAGAUAAAACCGUUUUCGGAGUUCCGCUGAUUGCCAAUGUGCAAAAAUACGGUUCCUCACUGCCACCGUUCGUCCAAUCUGCUUUUCGGUGGCUCGAAGACAACGCUCUCGACCACGUAGGGUUGUUCCGGAAGCCCGGCGUCAAAUCCCGAAUACAACGCUUAAAGCAACUGGCUGAAGCCGAUCCGGACGACUUGAAAUUCGAAAACCACCAAGCCUACGAUGUGGCUGACAUGGUGAAGCAAUACUUCCGUGAAUUACCAGAGGCCUUGCUCACCAAUAAACUCUCCGAGAGUUUCAUCGCUAUUUUUCAACACGUUCCGGUGUACUUGCAAAAGGAAGCGGUCCACUACACGGUGCUGCUGUUGCCCGACGAACACCGCGAAGCCCUGUUCGCCCUGCUCGACUUUCUGUGCCAGGUGUCGUCCAGGAGCGACGUGAACCAGAUGUCCGCCAGCAACCUGGCCGUCUGUCUGGCCCCGUCGCUGUUCCACCUCGGCAACGGCGGCGCCUGGUCGUCGUCGCACCCGCACGGUGGAUCCGCCGGCGGGUCGACGCCGUCCAGCCCGGUCACGUCGUCGCACAACCGUUCGUCGUCCGUGUCGCCGCGCCGGAACCACCAUCAGUCGUCGGCCAACUCCGCCGCCGUCGUUGGUCUACCCGAUUCAAAGCAGCUGGGACAGAACAAGGCGGCGCACGACUGUCUGUUGUUCCUCAUCAAGCACUACCGUCAACUGUUUGCCAUGUCAGAGGACAUUAUGAGCCAGUGUCACUUUAGCUAUAUGGACGAGAGCAUACCAAUAAGUCUAGAAGAGCUCGGUGCAGAAAUGGGUCACGACUGGAGAGGAUAUUUGAACGCGUGUACCUCGGCGUUGCUUAAAGAAGCCAAAGACAAGAACAGAGGAUGGGUGGCCGUGGGCAGUUUCGAGAACGUCGACAUAUCGUACAAGAAGGUCGGCGACGGACACCCGUUGCGACUGUGGCGGGUGUGCACGGAAGUGGAGGCGCCCCCAGCCGAGGUGCUUGCCCGGAUACUGUGGGAGCGACACGUAUGGGACGCGGACCUGAUGUCGGCCAGGGUGGUGGCCAAAAUGGACGCGCGCGCCGAUCUGUACCAGUACGCGGACGCGGAAAUGUCCCCACAUCCGGCCAAAGACUAUUGCGUGGCCAGAUCGUGGCGGACCGACCUGAACCGGGGAGGUUGCGCGGUCGUCGAAACGUCCGUCGAACACCCGGACGCCAAGCAACCGGCGGCGGGCGCGGUCCGCGGCAUCGUGCUCGCCUCCAGGUACUUGAUCGAACCGUGCGGAUCGGGCCGGUCCCGGGUACUGCAUUUGUCCCGAGUCGACACAAAGGGCAGGACGUGCGAGUGGUACAACAAGAUAUUCGGACACAUCACUUCCAAAUAUUUGUCCGCGAUACGAAAAUCAUUCGAACACUCUGCUGAAGGUCCAGAGAGCAAAGUAUAAUGACUCAGGCGCCUAUUAUUUUUGUUUUGUUUUUCGUUUUUUUUUUUUUUUAUAUAUAUACUAUUAAUUAUUAUUAUUACUAUUCGUUCUCCGAUAAACGAUUUCCGCGUCUACGUCGACACAAUAUAAUAAUAAUAUAUGUAAUUUAAUAUUGUACAUUAUUAAGUGUUACCUAUACGAUCGGAUGACGAGUACGUAUAGACGCGUUCAAAUAUUAUAUAUUUGUAUGUAUCAUUGUAUAUUAUUAUAUAAUUUUUUAUUAUUAUUAUUAUAACUAUUUUAUUUUGAAUGUUCUAACUGUACACAAUAUAAUAUAGGCCAGACCGCGUUGUUACAAAACAGUAGACUGAUUGGGGUACGUAAUCGCGUACCCUCCCCCCCCUUCCGACCUCCUAGAAAAUACUAAACUUGUAUCGGUUUUUUUUUCAAAUGAAUUCGUAAAAGUUAUUAUUAUUAUUAUUAUUAUGAAUAAUUUUUGAUUACGAAUAAAAACACUGAAGCAGUGAUACGAUUAUAUUAUAUAGUGUUGUUAUCGUAAUAUUAUACACUUAAUUUAUAUCGUUCGCGCGAGACGUCAUAACUUUGCGGUGUCUACAGCUGCAAAACGGCAAUCAAAACAGGGUAUAGUUUUCGAUUGUAUUUUAAAAAUUAACUCGCGUACCAAUAAAAGUUCCUAUGAUGUUAUGAUUUAUAUAUUGUUCAAUUAUCAAUUAUUAUCAGAUAGAUCGUUCGAUAUUAUACUUACCGCGAUUUGACUUAUUACUAUUAUUACACUCUACAGUACUUAUAUUAUUAUAUAAUCCAAAAACGAUAUCAAGGACAAACACUGUUAAAUACAUUUUAAAACACAAUGUUGGCAACGGGACCAUAAUAUAUAUUGUUGAUUUAUAUUGAGAGAAAAAACACAUCACAUUAUAAUAUAAUAGAAAUUUUACUUAAUUUUUAAGCACUUAAAAUACAUAAUUUACCAUUUUAUUUCUUUAUUAUUAUUUUUAUUAUUUUUAUCAUCAUUAUAUAUUGUGUUUGUUAAUAGCUUUAUUAAGUAAACUGUGUAUAGGUGCCUCUUACCUUAUUUUUGCAAAAAAAAAAACGCACAUUUUAUGUUUUGUAAUAUUAUUAUGCGUUUUUAAACGUAUAUAAUAUUGUAUUUUUCGUCGCGUAAUACUUACUGUUGUGUAUAAUAACUAUAAUAUAUUAUUAUUGUUCAGUGUUAGAAUAUAGUUACCUUAUUAUUAUAAAUGUAUUUUGUGUGUGUGUUAAAUUAUGAUUUAUAAGAUACUAUCAAAUAAAAAUUUUGUUCUAUGUUCAUUA